AUGAAUAUAAGACAACCACUCCAAUCUUUUAACUCAAUUAAAACAAGUCAAGAGUAGUCCAAUAAAUCAAUAACUGAAAUCUAAACAUUCCUUUAGGAAAUUGAUCGACUUUAAACGGAAAAUCUAAAACUUAAAAACCAAAUAAAAUAACUUCCAUCUCUUACAAUCACUUUGGAUAAUUAAAAAAUACAUCAUGAUAAUCUAGAUCUUAAAGUAUACUAUAUAUAUAUAUAAUUAUUAAAGUAAUAAAUAGAAUCCUUAUAGCAAAAGUUAGAAUAAUAAUAAAAAUUGCAUCAAGAUGGUAUCAAAAAAAUAGAUAUUAAUUGGAAAUAAGAUGCUAAGACAUUCAAAUAUCAAUUAGAAUAACAAGAUAUUAAUCAUAAAUAAAUCCUAAAAUAAGAAUAAAAUAAGUACAAAACUGAAGUUGCCAAAUUAUAAUAAAGCCUAACUUAAAUAUCCAGUGCUGAAUAUCAUAACUAAAAUUUAGUAUAAGAAUUAGUAAUUUAUAUAUAUUUAUCUAGGAAACUGAAUUGAUUUAAGUCAAAUAACUUAAUAACACAUUAGAAUCUAAAUUAUAAUAAACUAUUUCAUAAUUUGAUUUAUUGUCUAAAUAACAAGAAGUAACUCUCAUUAAAUAAGAAGCAAUUUUUAGUUCACAAGAACAAUAAAUCAAUUAAAUUAAAUAGAAACUUUAAAUAUAGAAAGAUUAGAAUUAAGAAUUUAUGAAUCAAUUACAAAAAUAUAAAGAAUUAACUAAUUCAUAAUAUUAAUCUGAAAUAAAAUUAAAUAAUAAGAUUAAAGAAUUAGAAAGUGAUAUUAAACAUAUGACUUAAUCCUACUAAGACCAAAACAUUUAAUUGUAGGCAAGAAUUGAUGAAUUGAUUUAACAAAUUGUAAAAUAUACAGAAUAAAAUUGUACUCUUUCAAAAUCAAAAGAAAAAGAUUAAUUAUUAAUAAAAAGACUUCAGAAUUAUUUAGAAUAAGAAAAAAAGAAUAAAUAAUUUGAGAUCUUUAAUAUUACUGAAUCAAAAAUAUCUUUGAUCUAGUUUUUAUAAUCUGAAUUGCUUAAAUUUAAACAAAUAACUCAUGAUGAAAAAUCAAGUAAACUUUAAUUGGAACUUAAAAUUAAAUAAAUUCAGGAAUUUUAUUAAAAUUAAUUUAGAUAAUUAGAAUGUAAAACAAAUACUUUAGAAGGAUAAUUUAAUAGAAUUAAUAGUAAUUUACAACUAAAGGAUAUAUAAAUUUAAUAAUUAGAAAAUAGUAAAAAGUUAGAAUAAAAUAAAAUUAAUGAAAUCAUUUAGAAAGAAUCUUAAGAAAUUAAUCAAUUAAAAGAUUAAAAUGAAAUCAUGAUUAAUGAUUUAUAUAAACAAGCUGAAAACCAAAGAACCUUAAUUUUACAGAAUAAAUAAUAUUAAUCAUUUGAGGAAAAAAUUAAAUUAAAUAAUAUUACUAUUUAUGAAUUAGAAAGUAAAUGUAAUCUUCAAGAUUAAGAAAUCUAAAAACUCAGACAAAUAGUAUUAGAUAAAUCAUAAUUAUUUGAAAAGGUAUAAAACUACAAUCUAGAAUAUUAGGAAAUUCUCUAAGUCAAAAUCAAAUGA